AUGAGAGGUAAUUAUGUUAGAGAUGGGUAUAAAUCUCAGUACAGAUAUGCAAAUGGAUCUGAUAGUAAUAGUAAAACACAGAAUAACAAUAAUCGGAGAUCUUACUACCCCAAAAAAGGACCUAAUAAAGAUAAGUCCAUAAUUUUUUGUCCACAUUAUACAUUAAGAGGAGCAUGCCGUUUUAUAAAUGAUUGCAAAAAUUUACACCAUUUAAAAUUAGUCGACACAUUUUUUUUACAAAGAUCAUACAUCGAUAGUGCAAUAAUAGUUCAUGGACCAAAUAAUGAAAUAUAUUUAUUUACUGCUAUAGCACCUUAUACAAUUAAUGUGUGGAUUUUCGUACCAGGGGAGGGUACUAAAGAGAUAGAUAUAAAACAUUUAAAGAAAAUUGAAUUUGAAUUAACCCCAGAAGAGGAAAGUUAUGGUGAUGAGAAACAUAAAUAUAAUAAUAAAUCUAAGCAGAAAAAAAAAAAGAAGAGAGUAUUAUCAUUAUUAUAUGCAGAAGAAUGUAUAUUUGCGGGGUUAGAUAAUGGUUUAAUAAAAAUUAUGCAUCUACCUUCUUCAGAUGCAUCGACACUUUAUGCCCAUACAGAUUCUAUAUAUAGUAUUGUUUGUAUUGAUGGUAUUAUUAUAUCAUCAUGUAUAAAUGGUGAAGUAAAAUUUUGGAAAUAUGAUGAAACAUGUUCAAGCUUUGUAGCUAUUAAAACUAUAGAAACAAAAACAAAAAUUUAUAAAAUGAUUGAAGUUAUUUCCCCUAAAGCUGCUACAAAUAUAAAUAAUAACAAUACUGAAGAUAAUAAAUAUAAUAGAAAUUUAUGGGUAUGUGGAGAUAGUAUUACUAUCAUUAAUUUAUUAAAUUUAGAAAUUGUCAAUAAUUUUAAAUGUAAAUAUGGUAAUGUUGUUUCAGUUAUACAAUAUGAAGCAAAUAUUAUUACAGCCAUGAGUGAAGGGAAAAUUCUAGCUUAUAGUCUUAUGGGAGAAGGACACUUUGAAAUGAAUACCUUACCUAUAUAUUGUAUGGCUGGAUUAACCAAUCAUCAAAAUGUACCCAUACUAAUUUAUGGAUCUAAUAAAGCCUUAUAUACUUUUUCAUUACCCGAAUUUAAUCCAUUUGGUUAUUUAAAGGACAGAGAUUCUGCAUCCUUGAAAUUUAAUUUGAAUGAUCCAGAUUUUAUUAUAUCUUUAUCUGGACCAUAUUUUAUUGUCAUCUUUUCCAAUGCUGGUAAUGCAAAAGUUUGGAAAUGGGAAACCAAAGAAUAA